AUGGAGAAGCUAAAAAAGUUGAGAGAGGAUAUCAAAGGAAAGGUGGAAAUAGCUGAGGGAGAAGGCUAUAAACCAAAACCAGAUGUUGUCAAGUGGAUCGAAGAUGUUGAGAAGGUGGAGAAUGAUUGGGGAACUAUGAAAGAAAGCAUUGAAGCGGCUAAGAUGCUUACAUAUAAGUGUUGUCCGAAUUGCAGCCUCCGCUUGGAAGUCGGCACUCAAGUGCAGAAGAUCCGAGAUAAAGUUUGCAGGCUUACAAAGGCCGAAGAAAGCUUUGGAUCCAAUUUGAUGGUAGAAAAUUACCGGAUGGAAAAAGUUGAGUACUUAGAGGUACCACCAAUAAAAGACCAGCCAACAGCAAGAAAGAAUAUCGACAGAAUCCUCAAACACUUGGAAAAUGACAAGUGUGAAUCCCUUCAGGUUUGCAUCAUUGGAGUGUGGGGUGCGGGAGGAAUUGGGAAAACUACAUUGAUGAAGAAUCUGAACAAUGAGCUCCGACAGAUUGACGUGUCAAGGCCUAAACUGUGUUUUGGGGUUGUGGUAUGGAUUACAAUGCCCAAACCAGCGGAAAUAAGCAAGGUUCAAGCAUUAAUUGCCAAAAGAUUAAGUCUAGAGGUAGAUAACGAGGGAAGUAAAGAAAGCAGUGCCAACAAAAUCUACCAAAGGUUCAACAAAGAAAAGCGUUUCCUUCUCAUACUGGAUGAUGUUUGGGAAGCUAUAAAUUUGGAUCAUGUCGGUGUGCCCCUUUACCUCGUCCAUUGCCAACAGUCUCAAGUGAUCAAUGAGCUCACACUCAUUGUACUCCCGUCCAGCAACUACCACCUUCCACGACUUCGCAACAGUUAUCGCUUUCACGAGCUUAGCAUCAUUAACAAAAGUGUUCAUGGAAUGAUCAUUGUGCACACUGAAAGAGACAACGACAAACUAGUGGGCUCUUGUGGUGGAUACGAAUCUUGGCAUCUGCUUAUCAAAAAUGCGGGAGAUGUUGCCAAUCGGGUGGAUAUUCAGCCAUCAGCAAUGGGUAUUGCAAGAGAGUGUGAUGGUUUACCUUUAGCAAUCACUAUUAUUGGAGCAUCUAUGAGAGGGAAGAACAUGGUCGAGGAAUGGGAAGAUGCUUUGGAAUCACUUAGAAUGUGUGAACCUUGUGAUGAAGAUGUAAUACAUGAGGUUUACAAGGUCAUCAAGUUGAGUUUUGAUUAUUUAGAAUCUCGGGAUACUGAAUUAUCCUUGGAGCAAAGAAGCAAUAUGAACAAAAGGAGAGGUGACAUUAAAAGUUGUUUCUUGUAUUGCUCCUUAUAUCCGGCGGCUAUUUCCAUAGAUGAUCUUAUACGUUGCUGGUGGGCAGAGGGGUUCCUUGGUGAACAUGACACAUACGAAAAUGCUUACAAUAGAGGAACCACAAUGAUUGACAGACUAAAAGAUGUCUGCUUGCUAGAAGAAGCCCAUUGGACGGAUUGUGUGAAGAUGCAUGACUUGGUUCGUGAUGUUGCUAAAUGGAUAGCUAACUCUUCUAAUGAUGAACACAAUUCUGUUAUUCAAGCUGGAAUUGGAUUGACUGAGAUAUCACAUACUAAACUAUCAGCUUCUGUCAAGAGAAUAUCUUUCAUAAGCAACAAAAUUGAACAUCUACCUGAUUGUUUCAUGGAUUGCCCAAGGACAACAUCUUUACUUUUGCAAGACAAUGAACCCCUUGAGAAAAUUCCCGAUGAUUUCUUUUCGUCAUUUCCAGCUUUAAGAGUUGUGAAUCUGAGUGAAACUGGUAUUAGAGUGUUGAUUAAUUGGAGAAGAAGAGGGAGAAGAAGAAAGAAAGAAAUUGCAGAGAGAAAAAUAGAGUCUAAAUGA